AUGGAGAGCUUCUUCGAAAACUACGAGGCCGAAGACCGCUUCGCCUACAUCUUUGAUAACUACGACUCCCAAAAUCACCAUUACCGUAUUUACCUGGACUGGGACAUGCGGUGCACUGUUACCAGCACCCAGGAGCACCCAGCCCCCAGCAGCAAGAGGAGGAUCCACCGCUCCGAAUUCACCGAGAUCCGGCGGCUGGGGAAGCAGACAGACCUUACAACUAACCGGACCAUCGACUACCUCAACCUAAACUCGGGGAUCGUCCACGGCGACAUGAUGCCCCAGAACCUGCUAAUCAACUCGACCACAGAUCAGACCAAAAUCUUUGACUUCGACCUGGGCUCCAAGCUCGGCUCCAAAAGCAACCGCUUUGGCGAAUUCAAGUACCUCCCACAACUCAGCGACGUCAAGUACGCCGCCUUCACCGUCUUCGACAUCAUCACUCAGAAGCUCGGUGAUGUCGAGGAAGGGCACGACAUGUUCGACCUCCACUCGUCAGACGUGUUCAAGAACAGCGUCCCCUGGGUGAAACACGAAGACGUGCAGCUGGACAGCCCCGUGUCGGCCUACUACGACACGCUCGAGGCCUGGGUGGCCAAACGGGAUCUGAAACAAGUAAUUAACACCACCGCUGGCUAG